CAGCCUCAAGGCUAAGCCCGGCCUCGGUGAAGUGGAGCAGAGCGGCCUCACUCUGCUAUCUUUUACCUCAGAAUCGCACACCCUUCUCCUUUCUGCGCCCUCUUCGUCCAAUUCGCUUCGGCUCCCUUCUUCUAGGUUCUGAACUUAAGCCAUCUUAUGUGAGUCAGCAAGUUGGAGGAUUAAUGGAAUUUUCGAAGGAGCUUCAAGAGUUCAAGAGGACUCUUUAUUCAGACAUAGAACCAUACAACUCAGGAUUUUUGAAGGUCUCAGAUAUCCAUACGCUGUACUGGGAACAAUCAGGAAAUCCAUCAGGGCAUCCGGUUGUUUUUCUUCACGGUGGACCAGGAGGUGGAACCUCUGCGGGCAAUAGACGUUUCUUUGAUCCUGAAUUUUAUAGAAUUAUUUUAUUUGACCAGCGAGGUGCAGGAAAAAGCACACCGCAUGCUUGUUUAGAGGAUAACACAACCUGGGACUUGGUUAAUGACAUCGAACUGCUUAGGGAACAUUUGCAGAUUUCCGAAUGGCAGGUGUUUGGUGGAUCUUGGGGAAGCACUCUGGCACUUGCAUACAGUCAAAAGCAUGCUGACAAAGUCACUGGUAUGAUUCUUAGAGGAAUAUUUUUAUUGAGGAAGAAGGAGCUUGAGUGGUUCUAUGAGGGUGGUGCUGCUACCAUCUUCCCAGACGUAACACUUAUGGCUGCAAAGAUUUGGUCUACAUGGGAGCUAACGACUGCUCAUCUCAUUCCAAGUGAAGAGCACAUAAAUAAAGGCACUGAUGACAAUUUUGCAUUGGCAUUUGCAAGGAUUGAAAGCCAUUAUUUUUUCAACAGAGGGUUUCUUCCAUCUGAUUCCUAUCUUCUGGACAAUGUUGAUAAGAUCCGGCACAUUAAAACUAUAAUUUUGCAGGGAAGAUAUGAUGUUUGCUGCCCUGUGAUGUCCGCUUGGGAUCUUCACAAAGCAUGGCCGGAGGCCGAGUUGAAGAUUGUUCCUGAUGCCGGUCAUUCUGCCAAUGAAGCUGGAAUUGCAGCUGAGCUGGUGGCAGCCAACGAGAAGUUCAAGCACUUCCUGAAGGGUGGUAACAUUUGAUUUUGUUUUAAUAUUCUCUACUUUUCUAUUGAUUUUCAUAUUUAUCACCUGGAUUUGAUUGUCACAUCAUUUUAAUAUUUACAUUAUUAACUUAUUUUUAUUUGCAUGGAAUUUUAUGGCAAUAAUUGAAAGUUUAUAUAUGAGAUUAUUGUUGCUUA